CUGUCAAUUUUGAAAACGGCGUUUUUGUUUUUUUGUUGCGGUACGUCGAGUGAAAAAUCUAUUUUUCUUUAGGAUUAUUCGCAGUUUACUAAGAAACUUUAUUAUUUAAGUGAUAUGGCAACCGAAUCUGAGCUUCCAAUGCCCCGUCUACCAGUGCCGGAUAUUCGAGCACAAGUCGAAUUUCAACACUCGCAAAAGCAGAGCCAAAGGUUACAAGAAUACCGACUUCGCCCUCCAAAACUAAGAUUAGCGAAUCGUAGCCAUUCUUCCGCUUCUAUGUCAACAACUGCACAUGCAAUUUCUUUCCGGGGUGAAUCUGAUGGCAAUGGCAACGCGUUACCUGAGUUGGACGCCAAUUCAUUAAGCCGUUCCUAUGAUCGCUCAAUGAAUGAAACAUACUUCGAACAAUGCUUUACGCGCCUUGCGAAAAUAGGUGAGGGUUCGUUUGGCGAAGUCUUUAAAGUGCGUUCUAAAGAAGAUGGACGAAUGUAUGCGAUAAAAAUGUCAAAGGAAUUAUAUCGAAGCGAGCAUUAUCGUCAAGAGCGACUAGAGGAAGUGCGGCGUUAUGAGGAAUUCUCUGGUCAUGCUAAUUUUGUGCAAUUCUACCGCGCAUGGGAGCAAAAAAAUCGUUUGUAUAUGCAAAUGGAGCUAUGCCGAGAAAGUUUAGACAGGUAUUUAGUACGACAUCGGCAUAUACCUGAAGAAAAGAUUUGGAACAUGCUAUUGGACUUGUUGCUAGCAUUGAAAAGCCUGCAUGACCGAAAUCUUAUACAUCUAGACAUCAAGUUGGACAAUGUAUUGAUAGGCGAUGACGAUAGUUGUAAAUUGGCCGACUUUGGUUUGGUUAUUGACGUAGAUAGAGCAAAUCGUCAUCAAGCAACAGAAGGCGAUUCUCGUUAUAUGGCACCGGAAAUAUUGCAGGGCAGAUUCUCCAAAGCAGCGGAUAUUUUUAGUUUAGGUGUGGCAAUACUUGAGUUAUCCUGCUACUUAGAACUGCCCCACAAUGGACCAUUGUGGCAACAAUUACGUAGCGGAGUCUUACCACAAGAUUUUAUGAAAUCCAUAUCACCAGAUUUGGAAACUCUUAUAAGACAAAUGAUGUCACCUGAACCUGACUCACGGCCCACAGUAGAUACCAUUUUGGGUCAUAAAAAGCUAGUGAGCUUGAUGGAGCGUCGGAAUCGAUGGGGAUUGGUUUUAAAAAUGAAACAUACGAUACGGCGUUCACGUAAAGCUGCAUGGUCUAAGUUAUGCAGUUUAAAACAAAUAAUUUUUAAGUUUGUCACGUCAAUUCUUACAGUUUACUUACAUCGUGAUUCGAUAGGCACUGGGCGCAAACCUUUGGGUUCUCCAAUGCCACAAAAAAUUAAAGAUAAACGCCCACCGAUGAUCUCUAUGCAUUUACUUGCAUCAACACCUACUGCGGGAAGUAUGCGAAAUACUCCCGUCGAGCUUUUGCCCGGAGAAAAUUAUCUACAUUUUUUAGAGCAAAGUACACCUAUAACUUUUGCGGCGAAUAAAGUAGUAAACUCAACGCCUGUAAAUCGCAAUAACCACCAUAACCACAGUUUUCGUUCACGAAAGGAUCUAACCAAGACCAGUUUUCAAUAUACUGUGGUAGAAAAUGUUUGUGGCAUUGAGAACCUUAAUGAUUUUCAAUCUUCGCCAACGGUAUUAAGCCCGCCGAGUAGUUUUCUUAGCCUAGAGGAUUGGGAACAGAACUCGCAAGCAUUUGAUAAAUCAAGUCUGCAGGAGUGCCGGAAGAAGCUUUUUACAACGAUCGAGUAUUGACCAGUACGUUAGACUGAGUAAUAAGGCACAAGCUAACAUUUCAAUUAAUAUAUUUCAAUAUUAUUCCAUCUAAUAAUUGCAUACGAAUUGCAAGGCGUGCAGAAAUAUUAUAUUUAAUAUACUUCAAUAUAAUUGCGUCUAAUAUUUACAUACGUAUUUCAAGGAAUACGGACAUAUGCUUUAAAAGUGAAUAUUAGUUGUAAGCGGAAUUGAGAGAAAACAAUGUACGUAAGGAGUUUACAAAUAGCUACCAAUGCUCAACGGAAUGUUUAUUGGGUUAGAUUUGUGUUUUUUAAAUGUUUUUUAUAUAAUCAUUAUUCAUAAUAUUAAACCAAAAUGUGGUUAUAGCAAUUUGUGGAUUGUAAGCAAUUUUCGGCGAUACAUAUGUGAUAUGCUAAAACAAUAUACUAUAUACAAUCAUACGUACAUAUGUACAUACAUAUACAAUUUUUAUAUACGAAAUGCACAAUGCAUAUUUUGUUGAUUUUUAUAAAGCAUAGAUAGUCCAAGAAAAGAGAUGCCUGUUAAUUUUUAUUUGCAAGUGCAAAACUUCAUUAGCCAAAUAAAGUUGUAUGAAUUUCAAAAGAUAUCAAAAAUAAAUAAUAACGUAAAUUA